AUGGCGUCUGACGCUCUCCCUGCCGGCUCGUGCCGGGGCCCUGGCGCGGCAGUGCGGCUCCCCACGGCGCCCCCGCUGAAGCUGCUGGCCGGACAGCUGCGGCGCUGCGCCCUAGGCGGGCCCGGGGCCUGGCAGCUGGCCAGGGAGUCGGCGGGCCGAGCUCCGUUGGAGCUGGCGGUCGUGUGGAUGCAGGGCCGAGUGCUGGAGACGGCGGAGCGGGGCAGCUGGGCGCGGCUGCGGGACUCGAGCGGCUCCUUCUCGGUGCGGGGCCUGGAGCGGGUGCCCCAGGGGAAGCCCUGUCUCGCCCCAGGAAAAUAUGUGAUGGUGAUGGGAGUCAUUCAGACCUGCAACCCUGAACCUUGUCUUCAAGCUGUGAAGAUGACAGAUCUUUCUGAAAACCCGAUACAUGAAAGCAUGUGGGAACUGGAAGUAGAAGAUUUGCACAGAAAUAUUCCCUAAGUGCAUUUUAAUAUGUAGUUU